AGCAACCAACACUGACCAGGACUUGUUCGAAAGUGUUUGAGCAAGUAAAGCGUAAUAAAUUGUUGUGACGUUUUUCAAGUUUUAUUAGAAAAUGGCGACGGACAAGUCGCAAAGCCCGAACUCGAUAACGGAUUCGCCGCCCUGUUGCAGUUCAGCAGCGAUCAGAAAUUUUAAUAAUUUGUCUGAUAUUGAAACUUCGAUGUCUUAUCAGAUUAACUUUUCCUCAUCAUCUGAAGACAACGAAAAUAGUGAACGACCGCAUAAUGUCCAUUAUCAAACGGUCGCCAACUUAAGCGACAGUUCUGAUGAAAUUAGUAACCAGCGGGUGCUAGAUGAAGCGGGUAUAGAAUUAUCCAGUGAAUACGCAAACAAUGCAGGUGCCAUUUUCGUCAGCGCAAUGGAAUACUCGGAAAAAAAGAAGCAAAUCGAUAACCUGGUUCAGAAAAUGCUUGGCAUGGAACAACUGCAGCGUCAGCUUGAAGAAAAUGGAUCUAACAACGAAGAGCUCCUCGAUCUGAGAUUGCGCUUGGAGAAGCUUAAUACGCGCUUAGAGUUAUUGGGCGAAUUUCUAGACACCCUCCGCGUCCAGGAGGAUCAACCGUCUAACAAGGUCAAUGAGGAGCCCGAGCAGAUCGAGCAACCCCGUUGGUCCAAUUUGUAUUCCGGCCUGAACCGCCACCGCCACAAAACCAAGCACACUUCGGCCGAGUUCUAUCAGCACAAGAGCAACAUCAUCAACAGCCUGAAGAUGCUCUAUGAGCCCUCGGAACCCAGUCCCACGGCCGAUGACUUAGAAGAGCAGCCUGCCCUCCUUAUGGUUCGCCUGCUUAAGCAUCAGAAAGCAGCCCUUAAAUGGAUGCAGUUCCGUGAGCGCCAGACGAUCUGCGGCGGAAUUUUGGCUGACGACAUGGGUCUGGGGAAAACCCUGAGUAUGAUUUCCCUGGUGCUGGCUUCACAGGGAACUAAAAGCAAAAAAAGAGUUGAAAAACAGCGUUCCUUGGAGUUAAAGUGGACCCAGGAGUUUAAUCUAGUGUACAAUAAGAAAAUCCCCAAAUUUAAUAUUUUCGAUGAUGAAGAAGAGUCUGCAGGGGAGGAGGAAAUAACCGAACCGUCAGCAAAGCGCUUAUGUCAGGAGCCCGAAGCAACCAAUUUUAGUUCAGAUGAAGAGGAAGAGCAUGCUGUCACCAUUCGCUAUCCCCCUGCUGGCACAUUAGUGGUGUGCCCCAUGAGCCUAAUGUGCCAGUGGGCUGAGGAAGUGGCAUCUAAGGUGGCACCGAAUGCCCUCAGGGUCCUGACUUAUCACGGAGCCAACCGCCAGGAGAUCGGGUUAGAGGUAUUUAGAAGUUAUGAUUUAGUUAUUACCUCGUACAAUCUCUUGGUGAGCGAGAACAAAAGAUUUGGGAACAGUUCCCUGUUGUUUGCCGUUGUCUGGAACCGUGUGAUUCUCGACGAGGCUCACAUCAUUAGAAAUGUAAAGACCAGUUGCUGCAGUUCCGUCUGCCAGCUUAGAGCCCGUUGCCAUUGGGCAUUAACCGGUACUCCAGUCCAGAAUCGUGCCGUCGACGUAUUCGCCCUGCUGCGUUUUCUGGAAGUACCUAACUUUCGGGACCUCCAGCAGUGGAAGAAGUACUUAAACGAAGGCAUGGACGGCCACCGCCGACUGAACUUUAUUAUAAAACCUUUAAUGCUGCGCAGGACAAAGCAACAGCUGCAGGAGUCAGGUGACAUGCCUGCACUGCCUCCUCUAAAGAUUGAGCUAAUCUCCGUGCAGCUCUCGGAACCGGAAAUGGCCGUGUAUCAGAUCCUCUCUGCCAUCUCUCAAAAAAUCUUUACACAGUUCCUGCUGCAACGCGAGGAGGCCAACAGUGAUUUAAACUAUUAUUCAUUGGAAAAGACGCCUCAGUUUAUAAAAGACAUUUUUGAAGCCAAGUACACAGAGAUCUACCACAGAUUCUUGAGGUCGCUUGGCUAUAAUCCGGGAGCUACGAUCAAGGGUAUUGUUAUUCUUGUGCUGCUGCUGCGCCUACGGCAAUUCUGCUGCCACCCAGGUCUAAUGCUUGGAAUGCUUUGUGGUUCUAUGACCGCUGAAGAUGUGCAGAACGUAAGGACGGAUGUCUCAGAUGUGGAGGGUCAGCUCAAGAUGGAUGUCCUUGCGGAGUUGGACAAAUAUGACAAACCCGUAAAUAAAGAGGAUUUCUUGGAGGAGGAGGGCAGUUUUCCAGGAAACCGAAGUGUCAAGACGGAUGACAUAAAAGUUGAGGACAUACCCCUCGAAGGAUUAAACAAACAGAUUAUUCCAUGGGACAUGGAAGUUGAGCAACAAUCAUGCAGUUCUACUAAUCCAUUAGAUGCGGCCAGAGCUAUUAAGCUGCUAAAUCCACAAAAUCCUAUCUUCGAAUUUGCACGCUCUUCUGCAAAACUAAAGCUAGUCAUUGACAAGCUGGAGAAGCUACUCGCGGAUACCAACGACAAAAUCAUCGUUACAUCACAGUGGAUUAGCUAUCUGGCUAUCAUCCGUAAGCGUCUGCAGGAUCAGUCGUGGGAAACGCUUGACUUUACUGGCCAGCUGUCCGCAAAAGAUCGCGAGCUGGUACUGCGAGAAUUUAAUGCCAAUAAUGACAAGCGGGUUCUCCUACUCUCCCUUACUGCUGGUGGAGUAGGACUUAAUCUUAACGUGGCAAAUCAUAUGCUAAUGGUGGACCUACAUUGGAACCCACAGCUGGAGCGGCAAGCUCAGGAUCGUAUCUAUCGAUAUGGUCAAAACAAGCCCACCUUCAUAUACCGAUAUAUUUGUCAGGACACCGUGGAGCAGCGAAUCAAGGCGCUGCAGGAUUACAAGUUAGAAAUUGCCAAAGUAGUGCUGCCGGAGGAAGAUGGAGGAGUGUCCGCUCGCGGUGGCGGUGGCCUCAACCUCGCAGAGCUCAAGAAACUGUUCUCAAUGUGAAAUCAAAGAUUUCAUUUCCUUUUUAUUUUUACUUAAGAAAAAAAAAAUAAGUUAUUUAACUAAUCGAUUUCCUGUACUCGACAUUGAAGUUUUUAAGAGUCAUAAAUGUGUUCACAUUAGUUUGAUAAGAAUAAAAUAUAUUUUGCUGUUACAAAAA